AUGACUACAACGUCAGUCGCUCAGAACAACUGGAUGACUGGAUUGGAAGUACCGCGCUGGGUGAUCAAUGGCGUCGCCGCAGUCGCCACCAGGAGGACCUGCUUUUCGGCUGAGGUCUCCGACUCGAACCACGCGGCCACUACCGCCGCCUACACCGUGGCAGAGAGCCGGAACGAGGCCUUGAUGAAUGAACUAGGCGAGGCUCGACGAGUCCUAGAGGCAGCUUAUGGGGACCGGGAGGGCAACUUUCAGGAGAUCUCCUACGUGACCCACAUGAUCUACGAGGUCCCGGAAUUCCUACGGAAGAACCCCAAGUACCAGACCCUGAUUCAGCAGGUCGCUUCUGGGCCAAAGGACGAGGAGCGAAACACCGCCGCCGAGGGCACCUUCGUCAUUAAGCCUGGAACAACAACCUUGGCUCAGCUGCCUGAGCUUACACCGGGUGCUGAGACGGCCAUGAAGUUUCAGGAUUGGCUGGAGCUUACUACAGCAGUGAUGUGUGAUGUUAGCGAACAGAGCGGCAGCUGGUGGCGACGAGUCCUCCAAGAAGUAGAGAGUACAUACAGACGAUGGCUGGGCAGUACGCCGCUUGAGCGUUUGAGUAUACAACCGGAGGGCGAGGAGCUGUCCGUCGAUCGGUGGCUGAGGUUGAACGCCAGGGUGUCGGCAAUGUUGCUUGGUGCAAUGUCGCCGGAGCAACAAGCGGAGAUGGUUUCGCAUCGUAUUUCCACUAGCGUGGUCAAGAUGUUAUACAGACUCCACACGUUAUAUCAACCAGGUGGCAGCAAUGAGCGAGAGGACAUUCUGAGGAAGUUGCAGAGCCCUGCCGACAACCUUGCCAGCAACACCUUGUCAGAGGUGCUCAGGGUGCUACGUUCUUGGCCGCGAUGGAUCGCGAGGUGCGCCUCGCUGCAAAUGAUGCCUCCGGAUUCUUCAGUGUUGGCGAGGGGGUUGAAGCAGUUAACCUCAAGCCACUUGGAGCAGUCUCAAGAUGCAGCUUUCCGGACGGCAAUGGUGAGAACAAGCCUGAGGCUGGAUGGACAGCCUCGAAUGGAGGAUGUGUAUGCGUACCAGCGGCAUCUGCAGGCGGAGGUCGAAACCUUGUUGGCCAGUCGGCCAGCGGCUACCACUACCACGGGCCAGGAGCAACCGCGGCUUCGAGCGUUGGAAAGGCCUACGUCAGCGCGUGAGCGGGAGAAGGGGAAGGAUAAGGACAAGGGAUCUCCGGCGGCAGCUUUGGCACUGAUAGCGAAGCUAGAGGACAAGAAGCGCGAGAGGCUGGAGAAUGAGACUGUGACGACUUUGGAUGCAGUGAACCUGGCAGCGUUGACAAUGGAUAAGAGUUGGUGGGACUAUGUGAGGGAUUAUGUGGACAUAGGGUCACAUGAAGCCGGCCUAAGAGCUCUACGUGAUGCACCUUUCCUACAGGGACUACCUGGUGAAUGUCUAAAUGGAAUGGUGCAGGAGAGUAUUUGUGAGCGUGGAUGGGACGUGAUGAAGAAGGUCGACUUCCUCAGCCGACCUCAAAAGCGGCGUUUGUGGACGGCGAAAAGAUGGAUCGUUCAUCUCUACGCGGGAGCGGUUGGACACUACAAGAUGUUCCAAUUGGACGAGGGCGACACGGUGGUGAUUGAGUUGGACCUGGAGCGGAACAAGGCCCACGAUAUACAAAGAGAUUCCACAUGGCGGAUGUUAAUGUGGGGAGCCUUGACGGGAAGGAUUGAAGCUGUGGUCGGGGGUCCCCCGGGUCGCAAUGGACUUCCGUGCCUGGACCAGAAGGCAACCAAGAAGGACGUGAGGAAUUUGACUCUGGUUGCGCGAAUGCUGUGGCUCUACACGGUCGCCGAGGCGGCAAGGACUACGAGCUCAGCGCUGCCCCCCAAUCGCAAAAGGCCGGUGGCUUUCAUGGUGGAGCACCCCGCGGAGGAGAAUUGGGUCGGCAAUCAUCCUUCAACAACAUCGCUGUGGACAACCACUACAUGGAGAGCUUUCGCAGAGGAGAUGGGCAUGGGCUUAGUGACCUUUGAUCAGGGUGUUAUGGGAGCUACAACUACAAGUACCACAACCUUAGGGACAAACAUCUACUACCUUAUGGGCCUGGAUGCCAUGCGAGAGGAAAGCGCAGAAGGCGAAGCUCGCCCACGUCCUGUGGAUGGUACCUGGUCAAGUGGGCUUGUGGAUGCUGUGGUGAUGGCUCUGCAGUUCUGGAGACGACAACCAAGAGAAAUACCGCGAAUGGCUGCGUUAACAGCUGCUCAGUGGAAGGAGCACGUAGCUUCGGGCCAUGCCAAAUAUCAUCGAGACUGUUUGACGUGUGUUAUGUCCAGAGGGACGGGGCGGAGACACGCCAGAGUGAAGCACCCAGACAUGUUCACGCUGACUACAGAUAUAGAAGGACCCAUCAAACCCGGUCUAGAUGUGUCCUCGAAGGGAGCUCUGGGAAAAGGCCUUAGAUAUAUGCUUAUCGGGAAGUACACCUUACCGCGGGAGUAUGUGAAGGCCUACUCCGGAAAAGAGCCACCUCGUGAUGAUGGGAUGGGAGAGCUACAAG